AGUCGAAGCAUCGUUCGUUGCGCAUCGCUACAGGAGUUUUUAUUGUAUUGCUACAGUCAUGUCUGGUCGCGGAAAAGGUGGGAAAGCGAAAGGAAAGGCGAAGUCACGUUCCAACCGUGCUGGUCUGCAAUUCCCUGUUGGACGUAUCCACAGACUUCUGCGCAAAGGAAAUUAUGCUGAGCGUGUCGGUGCCGGUGCUCCGGUUUAUCUAGCGGCGGUGAUGGAAUAUCUUGCUGCGGAAGUAUUGGAAUUGGCAGGAAAUGCUGCACGCGAUAACAAGAAAACCAGAAUUAUUCCUAGACAUCUGCAAUUGGCCAUCCGUAAUGACGAAGAAUUGAAUAAGUUACUUUCUGGCGUUACCAUUGCCCAGGGUGGUGUUCUACCAAAUAUUCAAGCGGUUUUGUUGCCAAAAAAAACCGAGAAGAAAGCUUAACUACAGCUCAACAUCAAAUAAACGGCCCUUUUUAGGGCCAUAA